CUUUUCAGACUUUACUCCUUUGCUUCAAAAUGAAGAAAUGAAUUAGACGUCCGGCUGAACCUACGUGUCUUACGCAGAAGAAAACGGUAACAUGAAAUGGAGAUCACUCGGACCAGACCGUCCUUGUAUGGAGAAAUCGCUCAUGGUCUUGGAUUCUGGACAGACCGGUCAGCAGUGCAUGAGGCAGCUGCACAGGGCAGGGCCCUGCAGCUGCAGCAGCUGAUAGAGGGAGGCGCAGCAGUUAACAUCGUAGCAGUCGACUCCAUCACCCCUCUGCAUGAAGCGUGUAUACAGGGACAGACCCAGUGUGUCAGGCUGCUGCUGGACGCUGGUGCACAGGUGGAUGCUCGUAACAUCGAUGGCAGCACUCCGUUGUGUGAUGCCUGUGCUGCUGGUAGUCUGGAGUGUGUGAAGCUGCUGCUGGAGUAUGGAGCAACUGUAAAUCCACCCCUGUUUACCUUCUCGCCUCUUCAUGAGGCUUGCAUGGGAGGUAAUUCAGAUUGUGUUCAGCUCAUGAUUAAUCAGGGAGCUUUCAUGGAGGCUCAUGACUGCCACUAUGGGACGCCGCUUCAUGUAGCCUGUGCAAGGCAACAUUAUGACUGCGCCAAAGUUCUCCUCAAUGCUGGGGCAAAUGUGAAUGCUGCCAAGCUACAUGAGACGGCCCUUCAUCAUGCAGCUAAAACGAAGAACAUUGACAUGAUUGAGCUACUUGUGGAGUUUGGGGGGAAUGUGUACGCCAGAGAUAACCUGAACAAAAAACCUAUCAACUACACCAGUCUUGGAUCUCCUUCUUAUCUCUGCCUUGAGUUUUAUGAGAAUAACCCCCUCAGUCUACAGCAGAUCAGCAGAGUGGCGCUGAGAGGGACUCUCGGCAAAAGAGCAUGUGAAGUUGUUUCCAAGCUGGGUUUGCCCAAUCGCAUUAUAAGUUUUCUCUCUUACAUACCACCUCCAGUAAUUGAAGUUUGAUCAUCUAAGAUGCAGCUCUUGAUGCGCGGUGCCGGAAAGUCACAUGACAGGAUGUUGAAUUUGGCAGAAGUGCAACGCAGAUAAAAUGUCUUAACAAUGCCAGAUUACAAGGGUGCAGAUAUUUCAUAACUUAAAUAAGCAGAGCAUCUCCCAAAGCAAAUUAAAAAUGGUUUGCUGCAUUGAUUUGGACUGUUAGGGAACAGAACGACUGCCUUAACAUGUGUUAACAAGCUGUUGUGACUAACCUGUUGGCCCACAAAUA